GUAACAAUUUGACCACUUAAGGCCCAUCUGAAAUGAGAGAAACUGUUUUUUCUUUGGUGGCCACAGGUCAUCCAUUCAUCACCCGAGAUCCGAAGACACCUUCCUUAGCCAUUUGUCUCAAAUGGAGCCCCCCACCUUUGACUUCACCCUAAACCCGACAUGGAGCGAGCAGCCAUUUGAAACGGACAUCUUUAAAAGCGAUACAAAUAACGACUUUGAAACUAAUGGUAAAAAUCCAGCAAUGGUUUUCACAAUUUUUUUUUGCAAAGAGAUCUUAACAAUCCUCCUUAACCCUUUAGCUUUUCCUUUUGGGAGUGAAACACCAAAUAUAAAUCUCAAGGAUGAAACUUCAAUCCAAACUUCAACCCCACAAACUGUCCCUGAGCCACAGCCAAACGACAUUGGAGCGCAGCUCCCCAAUUGCAGUUUUAACUUCACAUGCCCGGAAUACCUAAUGAACGGUCGGGGGGAUUCGCCAACUUCCUCUUGCAACAGAGGUUACUUGAGUUCAGCCUCCAGUGAUGACCCACCCGCUACGAGUGAAGAAUGCUGUCAUCCUGUGGGAUUUCCUCAAAGACGAGCGCCAGGAAGCAACCAAGCACCCCGUGAAAAAAGAGAUACAGAAACUCAAACCGUCCACGAGUCCACUUCCGAGAAAUUCGACGUCGCCAUUCAGUGCAGCUUGCUCUCAGAUCCGUCUGUUAUGUCACGACAGCGAGAAGCCACCAGGGGGCACCCUGGCGUCACAGAAUCUUUCGAGCGAGAAGCAAAGCCUUACAUGAGGCCAACCCUGUGGAGGAAGAAGAAAUCCAACACUUUAGGAAAUCUGAAUACAAGUCAUCAAAGCAGCAGGAGAAUGAUGCCUCUUCAGGACAUGUUGGGCAAAAUCAGUCAAAGCAUGCAGGAGAGCCCCUGGAAAAAAAUCCCACCGGAUGAAGCAAGGCCAGAGGCCACCACCACGAGGGCGGAGGGGGAAAGACUCCAGGAAAUAGCCGACAUUUUGCUCCUGCUCAAGCAGAGACAGGAGGAGUAAUGAUGAUAAGUGCAAAAAAAAAAAAACAUACCUGUUCUGUGCAUGCUGUUCUAAUUAAACGUUUUGUGUUAACCUCCCGUUGUCAUAGCAACACCGAAA